AGCGGGCUAGCGGCCGGCGCUCGCUAUGGCGGAGGCGGCGGCAGCAGCAGCAGCAGGCGCUGAGGAGGCCGACGAGGGGCUGAGGGCGGCUGUCCCGGUGGUAACUGGCGCAGAUAAUCUUCAGAUGGAAGGAACCCAGUGUGUUGCCUCUGCAAUCUCAAGCCUUAUGACUCCCGUAGCCCAGCCUGCCACUGCCAGUUCAAUCAAUACAUUUGUGGUGGAAUUUCCAAGAAAACGCAAAGGAAGUGAUUCUGAUAACCAGUAUGCAUGUGACAUUGAUGUUGAUGAUCUCCAGAGCAGGAGUGAAGAUGAAGAACAUGUAAAAAUUAAAUAUUUCAGGGAGGCUCAUAGCCAAACAGAGAAACGAAGAAGAGACAAAAUGAAUAACCUGAUAGAAGAAUUAUCUGCAAUGAUACCUCAGUGCAACCCUGUAGCACGUAAACUGGAUAAACUUACAGUAUUAAGAAUGGCUGUGCAGCACUUAAAGUCAAUGAAAGGUUCUACUAGUUCUUACUCAGAGGUCCGCUAUAAGCCUUCAUUUUUACAAGAUGAUGAACUCCAACACUUAAUACUUAAGGCUGCAGAUGGGUUCCUCUUUGUGGUUGGAUGUGACAGAGGCAAAAUCCUGUUUGUUUCAGAAUCUGUUUCCAAGAUACUUAAUUAUGACCCAGCCAGUUUGAUUGGGCAAAGUCUUUUUGAUUAUCUUCAUCCAAAGGAUGUUGCCAAAGUGAAGGAGCAACUUUCAUCUUCAGAUGCUUCACCAAGAGAAAAAUUAAUAGAUACCAAAACUGGUUUGCAAGUUCACAUGGAUUUUCAAGCAGGAUCAUCUCGUCUACAUUCUGGUGCUCGGCGGUCAUUUUUUUGUCGAAUAAAGUAUAUGAGAAACACAGUCAAAGAAGAAAAGGAGUCCUUACCAAACUCAAAAAAGAAAGAUCAUAAAAAGUACUGUACUGUUCAUUGCACUGGGUAUCUGAAGAGCUGGCCUCCUAAUGAGGUGGGAGUUGAAGAGGAGAAUGAUGUGGAAAAAGACAACAGUAAUUUUAACUGUCUUGUUGCAAUUGGUCGGUUGCACCCUUACACUGUUCCACAAAAGAGCAGUGAGAUAAAAGUCAAGCCAACAGAAUUUAUAACACGCUUUGCCAUGGAUGGAAAAUUUGUUUUUGUAGACCAACGUGCAACAGCAAUUUUAGGAUAUUUGCCACAAGAGCUUCUAGGAACUUCUUGUUACGAGUACUUCCACCAAGAUGAUCACAAUCAUCUGACUGAUAAACACAAAGCAGUGCUGCAGAGCAAAGAAAAAGUAUUUACAAAUUCCUACAAAUUCAAAGCAAAAGAUGGCUCUUUUGUCACAUUAAAAAGUCAGUGGUUUAGUUUCAUAAAUCCAUGGACCAAAGAACUGGAGUACAUUGUGUCAGUCAAUACAGUUGUAUUAGGUCAUAAUGAAUUGGGUGAAGAAGCACUACUACCCUGCAGUUCCCUGUCUUCAGAAGAUAUGCCAAAGCCACCAUUUUUAGGUGUACCAGGGAUGUCUACAGGAACUUUACUUGGGGCUGGAAGCAUAGGAACCGAGAUUGCAAAUGAAGUCUUAGAUUUACAAAGGUUACAUACUUCUCCACCUCUUGGUGAAUUAAGUCCAUCAGAUCUUAUGAGGAAGUCUCCUUCCCCAGUUCUAACAGUAAAUUGUAGUAAUGUGCCAAAUAAAGAACUUAUUCAGCUAUGUCCUUCAGGAAUGGAAGAUUUGGAAACUUCAGGGCAAAAUCAGGGUACUAUUUCACUCCCUAGCAAUGAGCCUCUUCUCAGUGAUGCCGCUCAAUUGGAUUUUGAAGCCGUAUGUGAAAAUGACACGACCAUGGCUGCUCUUAUGAAUUACUUGGAAGCUGAAGGAGGCCUAGGUGAUCCAGCAGAGCUUAGUGACAUGCAGUGGACUCUUUAGUUUUACCCAAGGGAGGAGAAACUUCAAUGCACAAAAUUAUUAUUCAUUCUCAAAUACUGUAUUAGUACCUUUUAAGGCUUUAAUUCAUAUUUACAAUAUCUAUAUUUAAUAUAUAUAUAUUUUUAAAAGACUUUUGCCUUAUUCAUAAAGAAAUGGUUUUGUCUGCAUAUAUUGAAAAGAUGUAAUAUUUUUUAAAGACGCAGAACCUCAAUUUUGUUACUGAUACAUAUGUUGACUGGGAUGCUUAAAACAUGGUUAUAUUUUUACUAAAAUCUUUUAAGGUAUUACUGUAAAAAUGGCAUACGGAUUUUGUCUGAAAUGUUCCAAUCUUUGAAAUCCCUAUUUAUUUGUGGGUUUUGUUGAUAAGGUCCCUAAUUUAUUAGUGCUGCUUCAGAGAAGUAUACUGUACAUCCAGUCUUUUUAAAAUAUCUAUUUCUGUAAGAGCGUAUUUAUUUUACUGUUUGACUAUAAAAUUUGGGAUCAAGAAGCUAGCAGUGGAAGUUUAUUAAACUGAACAGUUAUCCAUCAUGUUGAUCAGGAAAGAAUGCAUUGCUGCAAACUACUAUAAGGAAGAACUAAAACAACUGGACUUGGUAUAUUUCAUUUCUUUCUACUGUUGACAGCUGGGAGUGAUACAGAAAAUGAAGCAUUAGAAAGGAUAUCAUUAAUAUGAAAAGUAUCUAUAGGGAACUGUGUAUACUGUCAUUGAUCACUCAAUUGGAACUCCUUUAAGGAAUAAAAUAGAAGAUUUAUACAACUUUUGAGAUCUAAAAAUGUAGAGUAAAAUAAGGAAAAAUUGGACCAUAAAGGAUUUUUCUCUUAACUUUGGGGGGUGUCAUAUUUUUGUGAAAGAUAUCUAUAUUAAAAGCACAUACAGUAUUGGAGUAGCUAUUGAGCACUUAAUUGUUUUUAAACUGCAAUAUGGGAAUUGCACCUGAAAACCUGGGCAAAGGUUAAUUCAGAAAUCUUGAAGAAAAAUAACUAUAUAUAUAUAUUAGAACAUUAUGGGGCUAGCCUAACUACUUUCAUAGUACAAUCCUGUACAUAUCUACUUAGAAGUAAAUCCCACUGAGUUCAAUGAGACGUUCUUUGUAAUUGUGUAUAAGAUUGUAGCCUUAGAGGUUAAUAUUUCACAUCUAGACCUUUUAGAAUCUUCUACUGUAUAGGAUAUCUAUUUGCUGCCCUUUGCAUUUGAAUACAUCAAAAUAUUAUGAUUCGAUUAUGCAUGGAUAUACUUUGCCAUAGAGGUACAUCUUUUCCCAUAUAUUGAUUAAAUUAAGAGCAAGGCUUUGAGUGGCCUUUUGAGAAUGUGAGUAACUGGUCAGCAAGACAAUAAAAUAAUUAAAAUUUGAACAUGCGGGCCAAGUCUUCUACAGAUGUGAAUUUGAUAAUUGAUUAUUUAAUUGUACUUUAAUAUAGGCAAUACUUUUUUCUAAAGUGAACAUUAAAAGAAUAAUUUCCAUUAGAAUAGUGUGUUAAAUUUUGAAGAUACAACAUACUGUAAUGAUGAGACCAUGUCUGUACAUCACAGCAUUAGUACCACCGCCAUUUAUGUUUCCACACAACUUGUAAAUGCAGUAAAAACAAAAAAGACAUAUUUACCUCUUGCACAUUAUGGAUUACACUACAAGUGGAUAUGGCUAGAAUUGCUAAUUUUGUAAUGUGUGAAGCAUUCCUGAGAGUGUUUUCUCUAAAAUAAUUGUAGAAAAUCAGGAAUCUGGGUUACUACUUUAAAUAACCACUAGAUGUCUUAGUGCUUCUAUUCUUGAGGAUGUGUGGUCUCGCAACAAGGUUAUUGUAUGCAUUCAUGUUUGUAAGACUUGUGUGAUUCCAGUACAGAUAGGAGAAAGUAUAGAGAAUUCUUUUAGGAAAAUUUUGUGUUUAGAAUAUGACAGAACAUUUGUUAGUGGGUAUAGCACUUCCAGCCCCUCUGUUUCAUGUUGCUUCCUUUCGAAAAGAAAACAGACCAAAAUCUUGUAACUUUGUAGGAAUUGUGUGUAAGAGCUUGGUGAUAAAAUAAAGCUGAAUAUGGCUUGAAAUGUAGAGUAGGAAUCGACAACUGAAGGCCUCUAAGCCGCAUCCAGCCUCUUAGGGGGUGUUAUCUGCCUCCGUGCAUUGCAAAACAAAAAAUAAAAAAGGGUCUGGAGACAGACAUCUGCCGU